AUGGGGCCAGCCAGUGAAGAGGUAAAAUAUACUCCGGUUUCAAAAGAUGAAGGCUCAUUAGAAGAUAUAAUCCAUGCAGACAAAUCCACCCCACGAUCAUCUACUCGUCGAUUCUGUAAUUCGCCAGUGAUAACUCUUCUCAACGUCUUCCUCUUCCUCGUAUCCCUAAUCAUCCUCUUCAAUUCAGCAAAUCCGAUAACUCGCCCAAAUUGGGCCUUUGAACAAACUGCAUAUUACUCCCCUCUAUUUCGACGUAUCAAGAUUCCUGUGGUGAAAAAGACUGUGCAAGGGACAUUGUUCAAUGAGGAAAAUUUGAUAUUGCGAGCCUAUCCUUCUCCCGAAGUUGAUGCUGCAUGGGAAGCUCUUACUGAUGUCGGGGUUGUCAUUAUAACUGGCGAGGAGGUUUCAAAGUUGGGCAAAGACCCGAGCAAAACAGUGAAAGCGCCACGAGAAUGGGGGCAUGGGGACGAUGCUCAUCUAGCCCAGCUUGAUGGCCAGCACGCCCUUCACUGUUUAAAUGCGGUCCGUCGCUAUGCCUACCGCGAAUACUACUUCCCGGCAGUGCAAACCUCGAACACCAGCAGAAGCAGCCCUUUCGAGCCUUUUGAUCAAGCGCACCUCUCUCACUGCCUGCACGUUCUUCUGCAGACUCUGUCGUGCGACUUCAGUGCCGAUGUGAUUACUCACAACUGGAUGGAUACACAGAACUACCCAUUUCCGGACUUUGCAAUCAAUAAGAAAUGCAAGGACCAUGAAAAGCUCGUGGAUUGGCAAACCAAACAUAGGAUCUCGCAAGAUCAGUGGAUGGAGAUGGGGAUGCGGGGUGCCUCCAGAAGAGAACCAGGAGAAUAUGUCAAGCAACUCCCACCCAUGAUGAAGCACUGGGUAGAGCAUGGAGAGGAGGAUGGGCAGACUGGACAUAAUGGUUGA